UUUGAAAUAUUAAAUCUGUUUUUUAUUUUUUCCUAAAUUUGUAAAUUUGCUGAGCUCUUUUACUGAAUUUUCAGUAGCCAGUUCCUUAGUUACAGGAUUAGUCAAAAUGCACUUUUAUAUAUCUAAUUUUUAUACCACGAAUAAUUUCAGUCAUUAAUUAUUGAGUUUUAGUUCCUCUUCACUAAUGAUGUAAACGAUAUUUACACAAUUAAGUUAUAAAUAAGGUAAUUACUGGUCAAUUUAUGACAAGCAUAUAGGUAACCUCGUAAAAAUUGUAACUGACCUACUAUACAGGUUAAAAAGCGCUAAUAGUGUAGAAAAAUCUUUACAUUAUCAGUGUAUAUAAAUUAAAUCCUUAAUUAUUAGAGUAUGAGGGUAAAAUAUUUGAAAAGAUUGUAGUAAAAAAUUUGUUUUGCCUACCGAACAGUAAUAGUGUCAUAUCAAAUUGGACAAAAGGGAGUAUGGUAUGUUUGUUUGUUUCCCUUUUGAGUGCAGUCACUAGCGUUAAAUUUGCAGGAAAGAAAAAGAGGAGGAAAGAGAUCAGUAGAAUGUUGAAGUUUUCUGCUAAAAAGUAGCGCUUUUUGUUUAUUUAAGAUACAUAGCAUGCUGAAUGUAUUGAACAUCCUCAAUUUUGGAAACAGUUGAGACGCAUUCACAACAUACAUCAGGAGGGAGCGAUCAGAGUUUGUUUUUGCACUCAGUCAUGACUCAGGAGGAAGUUAUCAAAGUAGUUGAACCAGACAAAUCGCCGUUUCUGCAGUUUAUUGUCUGGCUGUGGAGUGGAUCGAGGUACUCCGGUCUGCUAUGCAUGGUCUUGUCAUCUAUAAUCUACUCCACAAUGGGAGUUGUUUCAGAUGUUUUUACUGCUCAAUCAGUACCUCUUUUCGAGAUAGCCUUUGCAAGAUGUACGGUAGUCCUAGUUCUUUCCUUUGUGUGGCUGAGGAAAAGUGGUCAACCAAUAUUUGGACCAACAAGUGCCAGGAAACUUUUGGUCUUAAGAGCUCUCACUGGAUACAUCUCAUUGAUGAGUUUCAUCUACAGCAUCCAGCGGCUACCUGUGUCUCAGGCUAUCAUAUUGAGCUUUACCGCUCCAAUUAUGGCUUCAACUGUAGCUAGAGUCACAUUGCAUGAGAAGUUAAAAAUUGCAGAAAUUGGAGGUUUAGCGAGCAGUUUCUUCGGUUUGCUGUUCAUAUUUCAGCCAAUGGUCAAACCACAAGGAACUUUCCCAAGUUCUAUAGAAGCCAGUGAAUCUCAUUCCAAUGGUAAGCAUCACAUUUUUGCUGUUUUGGUUGGCUUGUUUUCAUCUACUGCGACUGGAGUCACCUACUGCCUUACGAGAGCAGGAGCCAAGGCAGCAGAUCAACCAGUGCUUCCAGUUUUCUCAUUUGUCCUGCUUGCUAGUCCUGCUGCUGCGAUGUCCACAUUUUCCUUUGAAAGCUUUGUACUCCCUAGUUUCUUUUCUUUCCUUCUAAUGGCUGUACUUGGUGUACUAGCUUUCUUUGCAGAGAUAACUUUAGCACGUGGACUUCAGCUUGAGAAAACCAGCAGAGUUGCCAAUAUCCAGUUUAUUGAGGCUGCGCUAUCACAAUUUCUUGGAAUGGGCUCAUCAAGAAUCAUUCCAUCUUUUGGCAGAUUAUUUGGAUGUAUAAUAAUCUUAAUUUCAGCAUGUUGUACCAUGUAUAUUGGACCCGAGAAAGAGAUUGAAUGACAAAGUUGGCCAUUCCUUUUCA